CUCAUCCUGGCUGUGGACAUUCAAAAUUUCACCAUCGUCGCGCGCGAGUGGGAGAGCAGACAUGAAACAAAAGCGGAGUCUUCGGAGCAUGAACAAACUCACUUUGCUGUUUUUCCUGUUGGCCCUGUGCUUUCUUGUCGGCGAAACUGUUAACCCAUGUUGCUCAGAGCCAUGCCAGAACAGGGGUGUCUGCUCACCACUGGGCUCAGAAGAAUACGAGUGUGACUGCACACGCACGGGGUACUAUGGGCAAAACUGCACAACACCUGAAUUCUUCACCUGGAUCAAAGUGUCUCUGAAGCCAACACCCAACACAGUCCACUACAUCCUGACCCACUUCAAGGGUUUCUGGAACAUCGUCAACAGCAUCUCAUUCCUCAGGGAUGUCAUCAUGAGAUAUGUGCUGACAUCCCGAUCCCACUUGAUUGACAGUCCUCCAACUUAUAAUGCUGAUUACGGCUAUAAGAGCUGGGAAGCCUACUCCAACCUUUCCUACUAUACACGCUCCCUCCCCCCUGUGCCGCAGGAUUGCCCAACCCCUAUGGGAGUAGUAGGCAAAAAGGAGCUACCUGAUGUUAAAGUUCUGGCUGAGAAGCUCUUAAUGAGGAGACAGUUUAUACCAGACCCGCAGGGCACCAGUUUGAUGUUUGCCUUCUUCGCACAGCACUUCACCCACCAGUUCUUCAAAUCUGACAUGAAGAGAGGGCCUGCUUUCACUGUUGCUAAGGGUCAUGGGGUGGACCUCAACCACAUCUACGGUGACAACCUGGAGAAGCAGCACAAGCUGAGACUCUUUAAGGAUGGCAAGCUGAAAUAUCAGAUGCUUGAUGGAGAGAUGUACCCCCCGACAGUUAAGGAAGUGGGUGUCGAGAUGCAUUACCCCCCUCACGUCCCAGAUUCUCACCGCUUCGCUGUCGGCCACGAGGCAUUCGGCCUGGUCCCUGGUCUGAUGAUGUACGCCACCAUCUGGCUCCGCGAACACAACCGUGUGUGCGAUGUGCUGAAAGAGGUCCACCCAUACUGGGAUGACGAAAGACUCUUCCAGACCGCACGGCUCAUCCUAAUCGGUGAGACCAUCAAAAUCGUGAUUGAGGACUACGUGCAGCAUCUCAGUGGCUAUCACUUCAAACUGAAGUUUGACCCUGAGCUGCUCUUUAACCAGCGCUUCCAGUACCAGAACCGCAUUGCAUCCGAGUUCAACACCCUUUAUCACUGGCACCCUCUGAUGCCUGAUAGUUUCCACAUUGAGGAGACAGAUUACAGCUACAAGCAGUUUGUCUUCAACACCUCUGUCGUGACUGAGCACGGCAUCAGCAACCUGGUGGAGUCGUUCACCAAUCAGAUUGCCGGACGGGUUGCUGGUGGUCGAAAUGUCCCCGGACCCAUCUUGUAUGUGGCCAUUAAGUCCAUAGAGAACAGCAGACAAAUGCGUUACCAGUCCCUUAACGCCUACAGGAAACGAUUCUCCAUGAAGCCCUACACGUCUUUCGAAGACCUGACAGGGGAGAAAGAAAUGGCUGCGGUGCUGGAGGAGCUGUACGGGGACGUCGAUGCUGUGGAGCUCUACCCGGGCCUGCUGGUGGAGAAGCCCAGACCUAACGGCAUCUUUGGGGAAACAAUGGUGGAGAUGGGGGCUCCUUUCUCCCUCAAGGGCCUAAUGGGAAAUCCCAUCUGCUCCCCGGAGUACUGGAAGCCCAGCACCUUCGGAGGCACAGUCGGCUUCGACAUGGUCAACACCGCCUCGCUCCAGAAGCUGGUGUGCAAUAACGUGCAGGGUCCCUGCCCCGUGGCGUCCUUUCAUGUGCCUGACGUUAAAGAGACCGGGCCCAUGAUCAUCAACUCAAGCACGUCGCAGUCGAGGGGCAGCGACAUCAACCCCACCAUCAUUUUGAAAGAAAGGACUACUGAGCUCUAAUUUUAUUUAAGCGUGUUGUUGUUAUUGUUUUUUAAAAAAACAAACAAAAGAUUUAUUUAUUUAUUUAUUUGUGUAUUUAUUUUAUAUAUUUAUACAGUAAAAUAAAACCAGAACAAGUGGAACACAUUUUUAUAUGUGUAUUUGUAAGUUUAAUUGAAAUUAGAGUCAGUAAUUGUUUGUAUUUAUUUUGUACACUGUCUUCUUAUACUGAUAACCUCAGCCACUGCAACUUAAUACUUGAAAGUUAGUUUACACUUUCAUUAAAACAGUAAGUUACUGUUAAAUGUUUCCUUGGAUUACCUGCUGCCUCUCCAUUUAUGUUCCCAUAGUUGUAUUCCAGUAAUAAACAGUGAGCGUUUUAAAGGGCAGUGCUCGGGUGCAGCAGUGACAAAGACUGAUUGUGACUAUCUUCAGUUCACAUUGUUUUAGUGA